AUGGUCGACAUCUCCGCGAAGAGAAGAAAACUGGAUACUCCCGACCCAGCCCUAACCCAACCAUCCGCCUUUCGCAACGUCUCCUCCUGCCGACGGUGUCGUCUGCGUAAGGGUCGCUGCGAUCAGCGUCUUCCUCGAUGUCGACCCUGCGAGAAGGUCGGCGCGCGCUGUAUCAGUUACGAUCCGAUCACGCGCCGCGAGUUUCCGCGCAGUUAUGUCUACUUUCUUGAGACCCGCAUCGCAUAUCUGCAGAGCGUGCUAGUGAAGCAUGAGAUUCCGUUUGAGCCAGAGGCCGCUUUCGACGAGAAGCAGAUUGCGAUGGCGACGUCACCGACCGCUGAGAUACACCCUGUUUUCGAUUCGGAUGCAGAGAACUCUUCCAAUAUAGAGCCCAGCCCAGCUGAACAGCCAGUGGAUAAGGACGACAACAAUAGCCGCCACAGCAGCAGCAACAGCAUCCUGCGCAGCGCCACCACCAACACCACCAGCGCCCUCCUCGAAUCCAUACCUCCUAGCAAUCGAGCCCUCUCUCCCACGCGCUCGUCCCUCCCAGACCGCGACCUCGCCAACCGCCUAGUCCAGCUCUACUUCGAGCACGCCAACCCGCAACUCCCCGUCCUGCACCGCGGGGAAUUCACCGACCUACUAGCGGCGACAUACGCCACGCCGGACACCGCACGGCCGACGCGCACUCUCUUCUUCCUCUUCAUCGUCUUCGCCAUCGGCGCCGGCAUCGUCUUCGAAGACCGUCGCGAGGACGCAAACGAGCGCGCUAAACCAACAAAAAGCCAACCAGAAGCAUACCACGCGGCCGCAAUCUCCCACCUCCACUCCCCCUCCUCAUCAACCAACGACUUCACUCGCCUCGAAUCCCUUCAAGCCGUCAUCCUCCUCGCGCACUUCGCCCUCCUCCGUCCUGUUGCCCCAGGACCCGCCCACACAGCGAGUCUCGCCCUGCGAACCGCAAUCGACAUGGGCCUGUACAUGGACCGUCACGAUGAUCCCCACCCCACCACUACUACCACAGUAUCAACACCAACGAAAUCCACAUGCUGGACACCCCUCGACCAGCGUCGCCGUCUCUGGUGGUGCGUCUACAGUCUCGACCGCCUCAUCGCUCCCUGCACGGGCCGCCCCUUCGGCAUCGCGGACCAGGUUAUCUCGACUGGGUUUCCUGCUAUCCCUGCGGACCAGGCGAUUCGUCAGGCGGGGUGCGUGCCUUGCUCGAAGUAUAUCGCAAGGCAUUAUUUUCAGCUGCGCGUGUUGCAGUCGGAGGUGCAUGAGGGGGUGUUGGGGUAUUGUGCGGCUAGAGGGAGGGAUUCUUCUUCUUCUGCUUUUUCUGCUGCAGCUUUUUCUGGUGAUGUAACUGCUGCUGCUGCCUCCUUUCCGUCUCCUCCAGUAGGAGAUGAUAGCGAUAGUCACAGGACCAAUGCGUCCCGCUUCCUGAAAAAGCUAGGAGUCCGCUCGUUCAGCGAGUGGGUAGGCAAUGUCCGCACAAGAUUAGACGCAUGGCGGGCGCGCGUGCCUGUCGUCAGACGUCCCGGCGCGUGGUUCCCUGCUGCGCUGUUGGAGCUCGACUACUGGUUGACGGUAAAUUUUCUGUACCGGGGGAGUGUGCGCGUGCCGGGGGGUUUGGCUUGGGAUUCAGACUUGGGGUUCGGUUUGGGGCUGGGUGGUCGGCCUGGGGUUGAUGAAAAUGGGGAUGAAGAUGAGGAUGAGGAGGAUGAGAAUGUGUCUAUUGAAGUCGCAGAAGCAAGUCAGAAAGUGCUGCAGAUAUACCGCAUGAUGCAUCAUGUGCGGCUGGUCAACUAUACUUAUCUGGCGACGCAUAGUAUUUUCAUGGCUGGCAGCUUCUUCCUCUUCACGAUCUGGAACUCACCUCUCGUGCGCAGUCGCCUGACCCUCGACGAAAUAGACUACACCCUCCUAGCAGGCACGUCCGUCCUCACCGACAUGAUCGACAAAUACCCGCACGCGGAAUCCUGUCGCGAUGCGCUGGCCCGCAUGGGCGUCGCUACCGUGCAGAUGUGUUUGUCGACGGGGGGAUUCCGCACGGAUUCUGUUCAAGAUGAGGGUGGGAACGUGGGUUCUUCCCAGGAGGAAGGUCUAUCGAAUCAGAAUCGUGACUCUGGUCGACGGCAGGUUGAGAGGGACCCUGGUUCAGGCAGUCUGUCGCCUGUUGGGAUGAAGUCUGUUGGUUUGGCUGGUUUGGGACACGGUGGGGAUGGGCAGGGUGAUGGGGUCAGUCCGUUGAAUCUGGAUUUUCUGGAUUUGGAUCUGGACUUGGAUGUGGAUGUGGAUGUGGAUGUGGAUGUGGAUUUGGAUAUGGGGGCGGGGUUUGAGGGCGUUGGGCCUGUGUCUUGGGUUGUGGAUGGGAUGGAGGGGGAGGGUGGUAUGGAGUCAUCGUUAUUGAGUGCUGCGUCUGGAGGCUGA